AUGAACUCUUCCGCGAACGCCACCACUCCAACAAACGGCACAAGCGACGGCGUCGAUCCCAUGCUCGCGCUCCUUGCCUCACUCACUCCUGCAGACAUCAUCGGAGGACUUUUUGUCGAGAUAUUCGUCGCAUGCAUACUGUACGGUCUCACUACCCUGCAGACCUUCAUUUACUUCCAAACUUACCCGAAUGAUAAGAAGAUGCUCAAAUGGAUGGUGGGCUUGGUCUGGCUCCUCGAGUCUGUGCACACCGUGUUCUGCAUUCAGUUCAUGUAUUCGUACCUCAUCGACGGCUUCGCGAACCCCCUUGUUUUUCUCGUGAUAGAAAAAGGUGUCGGGGUCACCAUUGCAAUGAGCUCUUCCGUCGCUCUUAUUGUACAAGGAUACUACACAUGGAGGGUGUAUAUUAUGAGUGGCAGGAAAUUCAUCUGGGCAAUCAUCAUCGGCUUCUUCGUCUUGACAAGAAUUGGUUUUGGUACUGCGUGUACCAUUCUGAUAUACAAAUACCCUAACUGGUUUGUCAUCCGUAGCCUGAAUGUCGUACUUGCAUGUGUGAGCGGCGCGCUCGGAUCGGCGGCUCUGGUAGAUCUGCUGGUCGCACUGAGCUUGACCUACUUCCUCAAGCGGCGCACUGACAAACACUACAAAGCAUCGCAGAGCAUAGUGAACAAGAUUCUCAUGUUCACCCUCAAUACCGGCGCCAUUACUGGCACGGCGUCGCUCAUCUGCGUGAUCCUCUUUAGCACGAACAAGACGAGCCUUGUCUUCCUCGGGCUCGUCGAGAUCGAGACCAAGCUGUACGCGAACUCCCUCCUGGGGUCGCUCAACGCCCGCCUCCACAUCCGCGAGCGCUCGCGGUCCCAUCCGCUGUACUCGAGUUCGACAGGCUCAACGAGCGCGAACCCCAAGAGCCCUGUGGUCGAAAUCCUGCGCACGACCGCGACGGAGGUGGAGCACGACUUCGCGCUCCACAUGCCGAAGCACGAGAACUCGUACGAACUCGAAAGCAUGAAGACGAAGCCGGGAGAGCUCGCCUGA